AUGGAUGAAAUAUAUGAUGUUGUUGUACUUGGUACCGGAUUAAAGGAGAGUAUUCUCAGCGGUUUACUUUCCCAAAAUGGUAAAAAAGUACUUGUGAUGGAUCGUAAUUCCUACUAUGGAGGCGAAUCAGCCUCUUUGAAUCUAACAAACUUAUACAAAUAUUUCAAGAGAGGCACCCCUCCACCAGAAUCGUUUGGUGUGAACAGGGACUGGAACGUAGAUUUAAUUCCCAAGUUCGUCAUGGCAGGUGGUAAACUGGUAAAGAUAUUAAGAGCAACAGAGACCUCCCAGUACCUGGACUGGCAGGUGCUGGACGGAAGCUACGUCUACCAGCACCAGAAGGGGAGCCUCCUGUACAGCGAAAAGUUCAUACACAAGGUGCCAGCCACCGACAAGGAGGCGCUGUCGUCGAAUCUACUGGGAUUUCUGGAGAAAACUAGAUGCCACAACUUCUACAAGUUUAUAUUCAACUUCGACGAAAGCGACAGAAACACGUGGAAGUCCCACGACCCUUAUAGAGAGUCGAUUUCAGUUUACUAUGACCGAUACUCACUGGAAGAAGGAACGAUCGACUUCCUCGGCCACGCCGUUGCCUUGUACACCAACGACGACUACCUGAGACUGCCAGCAGUGGAGCCGAUAAGAAAGAUGAAGUUGUAUAUGGAAUCGCUGAUGCGCUUCGGCUCCUCCCCGUUCAUCUAUCCAGUGUACGGCCUCGGCGGGAUUCCGGAGGCCUUUAGCCGGAAGUGCGCAAUCAACAGGGGCACCUUCAUGCUGAACAAGCCAGUUAAAUCGUUCGAGUUUGACGCCUCAGGAAAGGUGUGCGGCGUCGUAACGGCCGAAGGCGAGGUCGCCAGGUGCUCAAUGGUGAUUUGCGAUCCCACCUACGCGCUGGAGCUUGCUCCACACAAGGUUAGAAGCAUAGGCAAGGUGAUAAGGUGCAUUUGCAUCCUCAGCCACCCAAUUCCUGAUACGAAUAAUUCAUCGUCAUGUCAAAUUAUAAUACCACAAAAACAACUAAAACGAAAGCAUGAUCUAUAUGUGACUCUGGUGUCGCAUUCCCACGGAGUUACAAGUAAGGGCAAGUACGUUUGUAUAAUAUCGACGACGGUUGAAACGAAUGAUCCAAUAUCAGAAAUAAGGCCGGCAGUUAACUUGAUCGGGGCAGUGGACGACCACUUUGUGAACAUUUCUGACGUUUACGUCCCAACGUCAAAGUCGAACGAUAACGUAAGUGGAUGA